UUCACUUUUCAUUUUUUGGAGUUCAAAGAUUUCAAUUAGAAAUAGAAGCUGUUUUUUUUUAAAUUUAAAAUGUCACUAAUAUUUAAAAUUUUAUAGCUUCAACUUUUUCAUCAAAAAAGGCAUGCUUUCCAUAAUUUUGGAGGAGGAAAACAAAUUUUGUUAGUGUUGAAAAUUUUCUUUAAAAUUGUUUUUUUUUUUUUUACUUUUCGGGAUUAACAUUCAUUCUAACAAGAAAUAACGAUCCAAUCGCUAUUAUCUAUUUCUUUUUAACUGCUGCAUUUUGGAAGCAUUUUAUUUAAUCUAAAUUCCCAUUUGUCAAUAAGUAAUGGGUGAAUGUGAAGCUUAUGGUUGUUCUAGUAAAAUCAACAAGAGAGAUCCGGGAAUCACUUUUCAUAGGUUUCCUAAGGAUCCAAAGCUUAGGAUGAUGUGGAUUAGAGCUGUUUGUCGCAAAGAUCCAACUACUGGGGAAAUAUGGCAACCAUCUACAAACAGCGCACUUUGUUCAAAACACUUUUCAGAAGAGAUGUUUGACCGCACAUCUACAGCCAAGAUACGACUUCAUAAAAAUGCUGUUCCAGAAAUUUUUGAUGGGAUUCCAAAGCACCUUCAGAUGAAGCGUGAAAGUUUUAUUCAAGAGUUGGACAAUAAUGACAUGGAUCAUUUGCAGUCAACUGAGACUGAAUUAGAUUGCAUUCCUUCUGACGAGCUUUCACAAAAUCUUUUGAAAAAUAGCUCAAGCUCAGAAUCAGAAAAUGAAAAAUAUCACACUAAGUCCCUAUCAUUCAGUCGUGAGGAGAGUUGCGCACCCACAUCUGAAGGAUCAACUUCAUUAGAUGAAUCAACAAAAAAUUCACGCAAAACUUUCAUAGAUGUGCUUCUAAAUAAGCAUAAUAAUUGUGCUGUUGACUAUUCAGAUGAGCAGUUUCAAGAUUUUUUAACUCAAGCUA